UUACUCUGAUCAGCUGAUCACUCUGGAUGUGUGUCCCAAGUCGACUCGUCUCUUAUUUUUAUGUCAAAUCACAAUGGAUAUCAAGGAAAAGUUGAUGUCAUUCAUCGAUAAGCAAAAAAUCUCCCUCAAGACACCAACUUCACCAGUAUUGGGAGCGGAAUUUGUAACCUCAGACGAGUUUGAGGGACGAACAGCCGUCACUGCCCAACCCCAGAGAAGAGCCGGUCUCUUGAACCAUCACAUCUUGACCCCAGAGGCCGAGCAAGCCGUCAUAGACAGCAUCGAAGCUUUGUAUUUUGAGAGCGGUGAUGUGGAUGUCGGGGAACACGAGCUACUGAAGUUCCCUGACAGCGCCGACGUUCACGUCAUCAACGGUAUGAGGUCGCGACUUCGGAAGCAGCAGACUAUAGUGUCGCGGCGGGUUUCUGACCUCAUCAUGCAGAAGCAGGGUCUGUGUAGUAAGGAGAUGGAACGGGUCACCGAGCUGCAGAGGGAGGUCAUUAAAGGUGUGGGGUUGUGCGUGGAGGGUCGCAAGAAGCUAGCCCAGGGUAGGAGCCAGUUCACUUCUGCCAGUCUGGGCAUCCUUGCUAACUACAGCAAGAGGCAGAAAAUAGCGUGCGUCAUAAGGUCGUUGAGAAUGAUCAGGACGUUGCAAAUGACAGAUGUGCAGCUGCAGAGUUUGCUUAAGGUUGAGGACUACCCCGGAGCGAUUCAGCUGCUGCUGGAGUGCCAGAAAGCCGCGGCGACCUUCAAACAUUUUACGUGCAUUUCGGAGCUGAGCACCAAGCUCCAGGACACCUUGGAAGGCGCCGAGGAACAGCUUGAUGUAGCUCUGGCAAAAGUCGCAGCCAAUUUUAAUGCAGCAAAUUAUGAGAAGCUUCAAAUUGCUUAUGGUCUCUUGGGGAAGACACAGACCCUAAUGGACCAGCUACACAUGCACCUAACCUCGCAUAUCCACAACUCGGCAUUCACUAUCAUCCUCGGAUAUGUUGAACUAUACAACAGUGCCGGGAGCUGUAACGCUGGGUCGGGGUCAUCCUUUUCAAAAUUGCAGUACUCGGAGCUAUGCAAAUACGUAAACGAAGAAAGUUUUCUUCCAUGCCUGUUAGAUUUAAGCAAGUGUAUGUGGAACGUUUUAAAAAGUUACAGAAGUAUCAUAAAGUGGCACGAGAACGAUGGAAAAGUCGCUGAGGAAGAUGUCUCAUGCAAGGCUGAGAAAGACGUCGAGGCUGCGACUUCUAGGAAAUACGCUAAACAGAAGUUAGAGCAUGGACUCUACAGAAUAUGGCAAGAUGUUCAGGCCAAAGUGCGGACUUUUAUUCUGGCAUCUGAUCUCUCGCAUUUCAAAUUUGAUGAUUUUCUGAGAAUAUUAGAUGUCAUUAACAAAUUGAUCGAUGUUGGUGAAUGUUUCUGCGGCAGCAAAUCUGAAACACUUAACGAAUCUAUCAAGAAACAGUCCAUCAAUUACUUUCGCAAUCACCACAGAGUAAGAAUGGAAGAACUUCACAUGUUUCUAGAAAACGAAGGCUGGGAAGCGUGCCCCGUGAAAUCCACAUUUUCCAUAUAUCAGCUCAUGGAGUACAGAUUCUUGAAGGGAAAAGAUGCGAGUUUCACACAAAUUUCUACUCCAACCUCCUCCCCAAGCAAAAAACCAGGAAUUAUCACUGAAAAGAAGGAUGUAUUUGACUUGUUCAGUAGAGAGAGCUCUCCAUUUGAUAUUGCUGCUGAAGAAACGAUAGAAGAAGACAUUAUGGCAAAUGGGGAGACUGGUGACCCGUUGAAUCUCAGUGAUGAUGACAGUGAUGAAGAUGUCCCAGAUGAACUCAAGAGAGAUUUCGUUGACGAACAAACUGGAGAUGCUCCCCAGCAUCAUCUAAAACGGAAAUUAGAUCAUGGCAAGACACCAAUUGUGACCAAUACAACAUUGACCAUCUUAAGACUUAUUGGCAAGUAUAUCCAGAUGAUGAGAUUACUGCAACCCAUAGCCUUUGAUGUGAUGGUCUGCCUCAGUCAUUUAUUUGACUACUACCUCUACAGUGUAUUUACAUUCUUCGGGGCAAGGGGAGAACUGGACCAGAAUCCCAGUCGGCGGCUACGAGGAUCACUCAAGAGAAUACAAGACACACUGAUCCUCAACCCUGAGGCAUCCCAAGAUGAUCCAUCAGAUAAGGAUAAGCAAUUUCUCAUGAAACUGGAGUGUUUGACUGCAGUGCGGCCGCUACCCGACCGCCAUCUCGUUGAGACGUACAUCAAAGCAUAUUACCUACCCGAAGGCGCUCUGGAAGAAUGGGUUCAGCAGAACCGUGGGGAUUACUCUCCUCGCCAACUGACUGCCUUGGUCGCUACCAUGACACACAUCAGCAAGCGCACGAGGCAGAAGAUUGCUACAUUAAUUGAAGAAGCCGGAAAGAGAACCCAGUAA